AUGGCCUCGCUCCGUGGCAUGCAACAACCAGACCUCUCCAAGAAGCUGUUCAAGCUGAUCAAGACGGAGAACCAUGCCAUCGGCGCGCACGAGACUGCCGGACGCGAACGCGCGGCCAUCGCCUCACAGCUGUCCGAGUGGGGCGAAGCGACAAACGACGACGCCUUGUCGGAGAUAUCAGAUAAACUUGGGGUGUUGAUGGCUGAGAUUGCAGAGCAGGAGGACCUGUACGCGCAGAAUCUGGAAGACUACAGGGGUGUUUUGAAGCAGAUCAGGAACACCGAAAGCUCGGUGCAGCCGAGCAGGGACCACAAAGCGAAGGUGUCCGACGAGAUCCAGAAACUCAAGUACAAAGAACCACAGAGCACUAAGAUUGUGCAACUGGAGCAGGAAUUAGUCCGCGCCGAAGCACAAAGCCUGGUUGCUGAGGCUCAACUCACCAACAUUACCCGCCAAAAGUUCAAGGAGGCUUACGACCUCCACUUCGCCGCCACAAUUGAACGCGCCGAGAAGCAAAUCCUGUUGGCAAAGCAGGCCCGACGCCUGGUGAACUUGAUUGACGACACACCAAUCGUCCCUGGCGACGUACACCACCCAUUCGAACACAUGGACGUUGCCCGCCAGGUUCUCAACGACGCCGAAGAUGAGCUUCGUGCUUGGACGCCGAAUAUGGAGCCUAUCCAUUCGUCUGCUGGCAAUCUCGGCGCCGGAGCCAUGCCAGGAAGUCAUUCUGUUGCCUCUGGUAAUGGAGGCUACGAGCAAGACCUACAAGAUACUCAUCCAGCAUACAGAGAGAAGGCCGCCGGCAGCAGAAGCACCAGCGGCGAAAGACGAGUCACCAGCGGCACUUCCGUAAACUCCACCGUUGGCACCGACGCGGGCCCGCCAUACCCCAUCAACGAAGUCGAGAGGCGAGAAGCUGCGCAGGUCUAA